GUAUCGACGUUUCUUGUUUUAGAAAAGGUAAAUCAAUAAUUUCUCACAGAGUUAAACCAAACAGUCUGCGCGCCUUCCUGUCAAGCAUCCAUCUGAAUCCAGGAAAGAGGAAUGGGGAACUGCCUCUCUUUAAAGUCUUGGUGCUUUCAUAAGUGUGUGCGUAUACUGCCUCUGUCAGACUGCUCGCUUUCUGCUGACACUCAGGACACACACCUAAGUGUACUCUAGGCGAGACAGAGAGGAGAGAGAGAGAGUGGAGCUUGCAGCAGCGAGGCAACUUGCAGCUGAGGGAGCGAGGAGAGGACACAUGAGGCCAGUCGCAGCUGGUCAGGCUGUGUGCAUGAAGCCUGCUUCUAUCUUACCGUGUAUGUUUAGAGGUGGCGAGAGAACGGCAGGCUGAUUUAAAAAAAGAGGGGAAAACGCGCCACACGUUAAAAAGCCUGAACUGCUCUCGCGGUAUGGACGGGUUACAGUCACAAAAUGCUGGAGUUGGUGGCAUCGCGGAAGACGCGGAGGAAAAGUAUCGCGCACUCGCCUAUGACACCGCUCUGAGCACUUUGGUGGCAGUGGCCCUGUAUGUCGUAAUAAAAGUGAGCCUGGACGGCUUCAGACAGUGGCGGGCCAAGAUCUCCGUGCUCGUGGUGGGUUCGGGACCCGUGGGACUGACGGCCGCGCUGGUUGCUGUCCGCUCCGGGAAGGUGCUGAAAUUGACCGUGCUGGACGAGAGGUACCGGACCGCCCUGCUCUCCCGGCCCCAGCAGAUCGCCCUGGAUCCCCGCAGUGUGAAGUUUCUGCUGGGACUCGGGGUGGACUUUGAUAACAUGGAGGGCUGUUGGCACAACGAUCAUUUCUUCACCAGAAUAGGCGUGUUUCAGGAGUACCUGCUGAGCAUCCUGGAGCAGAAGAAACAGAGGGUGGACGUCAAGGUGCAGCUGGGAACCAAGUUCACCGAGGAUUACUUGCGACAGAUUCCACACAAUAAUUGGCCACGUGUGAUUGUGGUAGCUGAUGGAUCUUGUGGCGACUCCUGCUCUGUGUUGGGGAUCAGCUCUGACUACACUGUGGAGUCCUGCCAUGCAUAUGGAGCUAAUGCAACUAUAGAGAGAUUAGACCAGAGACAGGUGCCCACUCCUGAGAUCCGCGCUCACAGCCUUUACUUUGACCUGUCUGCCUAUGGAGUGGAGGCCUUCAGAGAGCACAGAAACCAAACCACCAAGCCUGGCUUUCACUUGAAGAUCUAUGGCACUUUCAGAAACCGCUACAUGGCCCUUGUCUGCCCUGCCUCUGACACCAAGAUGGUUCGCUUUCUUAGGCAAACUGCACACUCCUCUAUCAUGAAGAACAUUUUCCAUCAAUCUUUCAAUGCUUAUAAGACAGACAUAGAGCCUCGUCUCAACGAUGUGACCCUCCAUCACAUGCAGUGCAGCCGUCGUCUCUUUGAGAUUCAGCUGUCGCACAGACGCAUCAGUGCUGCCUACAUAGAAGGGGACAAUGUGGCGGUCACUGUGGAGGGUGAGGCGGCACGUGUCCUUAAUUUUGACACAGGUUGUGGAGUGAAUCUAGGCAUGCGAGGCCUGGAGUCUAUGGGGACCUUCAUUUACCGGACAGCCACAGCUGUGGACCAGAAUGAUAUUCUUGAGGCACUGUCAGCUAAGAUGCUGCACUCUAGACAGGUGGCUGAAACCUUCAAGCAGACAGGUUUGGCUGAGUCAAUGUAUGAAUGAAAUAGCAGAAUGACUUAAUGAAUGCAUAUUGCCACCUAGUGGAAAGUGGUGGUGGAUUGUUUAGUGAGUGUUUGCAAUGAAUCAUGCAAAUCAUGCAAAAAAACAAAACAAAACAAAACAAAAAAAACCCACUGGGGUGCCUCUAUGGCCAAGUGACUGAGGCUGCAUACCACAUGGGUUCAUAUUUCCUGAGCAGUGAGUGUGGGGUUUGAUUCCUGGCUGGAAAGAUCCUUACUGCAUUUCAUGUCCCUGUUCUUUUUCUUCAUAUUUUUCAUUUGCUUUAAUGUCUUUCUUUCUGAUGUAAUCUGUGACAAGAAAAGAAAACCAAAAAAUAAAUAAUACUGCUAUUGGUUAAGUACCAAAUUUAGCUCUUUUGUUAUGUGGAGUGAAUGAAUCUAUUCAACACAGAACCUGAAAACAUUUGCAUAACUAGACUAAUAAUCCACUUUCUUUAAUUAGGUAAACAUUUGACUUGCUGUCCUAAAUCUAGCUGAUUGCAUUCUGUGACACACCAUGUGUUCCUAGAGAAAAACAGACAGAGCUUCAGCAUCAUGAGCUCGAACUGAUAUCCAGUACACGUGCAGAACAGCUGCUCUAAAGUGUUCUUAUCUUUUGUCUGCGCAUGUUUUUGUCUAAUGAUGUGGUGGUAAUUAUGGUGACGGUAUUAAGUGUUUCCUAGAGUGGCCCAUUUUUGUGUGCUGCCUUGUAAAUGAGAUUUUUUGGCAUAUUUUGAAUAUGUAACUGGAGUUUUCUAUUCUUUUCUUAAUAUUUUGAUUCAGGUAAUUUAAAGCAUUUCAGUGACAUGAACCUGUUAAAGUGCUAAUAAAGACUGUGACAAAGUAAUUUUUGAAAUUGAAGAUGUUUGCAUAAAACCUUUCCUUUUAAUUCUUUUUUUUUUUUUUUUAAAUAAAUGCAGUUCAAAAAUGCAAUAAAAACAACCACAAAUGUAGAGUAUAUCAGUCAAGGUCUAAAAUAUCCCAAAGCUAUACAAGCAAAUAUACAAAUACAAAUCAACAUUCAUCAUCUGUGUGUUAUUAUAUGCACCAAUAGUGUCUUGAUGAUUACUUGUUGUAAAUAAACUGGAUGUCAAAAUGUUUUCAAAGUAAACUGAAAUAAAAUAUGAGUGUGUAUUGUCA